CGAAAAGGCACCUGUGUGCACCACGUUGAUUAUCACCCUAGUUGUAGAGGCCUUGGUACUAUGGGACACAGGUAUAUAUGGGGUGUCACAGACACUCAGAAACUCACACAGCACGCUUGCGUAUCCGUUCAAAUUGCGGUUCGGAACGAUCUCGUGCAUGCGAAAGCACUUCUCAUUGCAUCCAGCAAAGACAAGAAGCAGAUAGAACGGCUGAGCGGGUGUGAAAAAAAACGCGGAGGAGCAGCUAAAGGUGCCAUACUGGCAAGGCGCAUUCCUAGUUUGACUCGGAGCGCGGGCAGCACUUGACAACUCGAAGCGCGAAGAAGCCGUAGGGGGACCAAGGUAGUCUAUCAGUGGACGCACAGCGAAUUCUGACAGCCCAAACAUCAGUCCGCCUCGAUGUACGAUCGCACAGACUCGUUUGCCCUUCACCCGCUCCUCAAGUUCUUCGUUCCGCUUUCCGUGUAUCUUGGCGGAUGCUGGUGCAGGUUGCUUCCCAACAAGCGCACUCGUUGCCCUGGCUCGGCAUCGCCAAGCCCUUUGUUUGCAUCACCGACCCGUUCGCGUGUCGGCGUGCCAAGCUGUUCGACCGCGAUUGCAGGGCGCGUCAGCUUGAAACAAUGCCUUCUCACCUUCAUGCAAGCGGCCGCACGCUAAUGUGUUUUCCCGGCGCCUUGUGUGCCGUGUCAUCCGCGUUAAGACCCCCUCGCCGAAGCUCUGAGACUCAAUCAAUUAUCUGCUGUAUGCCUUGCAGCGAAAAAACCUUUUUGGUCCCACACACGGUCAGCGAUACAGAUGUGCGGGUCGUGCACGUCAAUGACGUCAGGGGAGAACAUCUUGAGAAGGAGCAGCAAGCGAGGAGAAAGACGACCAGAGAACGAAUGUGGUCGAGGCUGCAUAGCCCCCGGACGCUACCGGCUUAUCUAUCCCGUCGCUUUCUUGCUGGCCUUCCCUCUUGAUCCCGCGCCCUCGUGUUCGCAAACUUCUGAAAUUCUGAGCUGUUCUAGAUUCUGAGAAAAUUGUACCAUAGUGUUGUCAU